AUGGCUCCAGUAACAAUGAAGAGCGCUACACCUUCAGAUAACGUCGAUGGCCAUGGACGAGUCAAACGAUUUUCGAAACGCUCCCGCACAGGCUGUCGGACAUGUCGCGCCCGCCGAAUCAAGUGCGACGAAACCCCCGGGCAAUGCACCAACUGCACCAGCACGAAACGCAUCUGCGAGGGGUACGAGGUCUGCCGGAUCCCACCUGCGCGCGGCCCCCGAACGGCCAAGGCCUCCGCAGCCUCCGUCUGCAUUCAAAAUCCCAGCCUGGCCACUCUGCAGCGAGACAUUUCCUCCAGGGUGCAGUGGAAAGUCACAUCGGAUGAAAGCCGGUGCCUCUCAUUCUUCCAAUACCGCUCCGUCCCGCAGCUCGUGGCGUUCUUCGACUCGCCCGUCUGGCAGCGCCUGAUUCUGCAACUGUGCUACAAUGAGCCCGCGGUCUUCCACGCCGUCGUUGCCCUAGGAGCCGUGAAUCAAGGCCAUGAAAGCGCUAGACGACGCCUGGCGCACAAUCCUCGUCCGGCACACCGGAAGACCCUCCAGAGUCAGGAGGAAUGGUACCUCUUCGCGCUCGAACAAUCAGGCCGGUCAUUUGCGCUGCUCAAUAAACGCCGCAUGUCCGAAGACCCCUACCUCCAAACCGUGAUCCUGGUCUGCUGUCUGCUCUUCGUGAUGUGCGAACUCCUCCAUCGGAACAUCGCGACCGCCAUCACACACGUGCAGAGCGGGCUGCGGAUCCUCAACGCAUUGAAGAUCGAACGCCAUGUGUGCGGGCUGAACCUCACCGGCCCAAGCGCCUUCGACGAGUUGGUCGUGGAAUCUUUCCUCAGUCUGCAGGGGAGCAGCGUGUUCUUUGGCACGAGGGAACCACUCCCCGUCGACCAGUCGUUUGUCUUCACGCAGCCGUAUGGCGUUUAUCUGGGUGAUUGCACAGACGGGACUGGGGCUGGGGCGGGAUCAUGUUUCAGCAGCCUCCAGCAAGCACGAAAGGUCCUUAGCCCGCUGCAGCAUACCCUGUGGCUCUUCGUCGCGAAGUGCAUGCAUGCCGACGAUGCCGAGCGCGCUGCGAUGUACACGGCUCUCGAGAACCAGCAGCAUCUGCUCCUGACAUACUUCACGCGGUUCCUGCACGUCUUCGAUGCGUUCUGCCUGAGCACGUAUGGGACGACUACGUUCGAGUCCGCGUGCAGCCGGGGUCUGUCGGGAGCUGAGGUGAACACAGCUGAGCGACGGGCCCGCCGGGGCGCCGAGCUCACGCGUCUGUCGGUGCUGAGCUCGAUCCUCAGCGUCAAGAACGCGCUGCUAGGAGCCGCGCAGGCCCAGCCGCCGCAGUACACGGCCGAAUCAAUCGGCGUGCUGGACGCCGCGGAGAACGCGAUGCGCAAUGUGAAGGCUGAUAUGCAUGGCGACAGUCCGACGUUGACGCCGCAGUCUGAGAUCGUGCCGGCGCUUUUUCUGGCGGCCCUUAGGUGUCCGGAUAUCGGGGUGGGGUGUCGUGCUAUCACGGCGGCGAGGGAGUGGGGUGCUGAGGAGGGGUUCUUGAGUGCGAGUAUGUGUGCGGAUAUUCUGGAGGAGGCGUUGAGGAUGCGGCUGCAGAGGGGAUUCGAGGGGGCAGGGGAGGUGUUGGAGGGUGUGAGCUUUGAUGUUCGGGGUGAUGGGAGGGUUACGGCGCGGAUUUUGUAUGAUGUUCAUGGGGAGGAGAAAGAGCAUGUUGUUGUCCUGGAGCGGAAUGAGGCGCUGGUCGCUGAUUUGCUUGCUAUUGAUGGCUCGAGGGAUUGGCCAUGCGUUAGAGCUUUGGGAUUGCUGGACCAUGUCCUAUGA